AUGGCAUCUCUACUAACGAUCAUUACUUCCAUUCUCCUCGCAACCACCCUACCCUAUUACCUUCUAACCACAUACUUCCGCACCCGUAGAGCCUUACAAGCAGCCCAAACCUACGGCUGCAAGCCUAUCCCCAAGGUCAAAAACCUCGAUCCAAUCUUAGGCCUCGACAAAUUUAUCAAAAUCCAAAAAGCAGAUGCCGGAGGACAUCGUUCCGAAGCAUACAGAGAACUUCAUCAACAACAUGGCUCAACAUUUUUGAUGAUUUCAUUAGGCACGGAACUCCAAACUUCUCAUGCUGAAAAUAUCCAAGCGAUUUGCACCUCUUCUUUUAACGAUUGGGGUGUUGGACCCAUGAGAGGAACCAUCGGACUUCCCUUUCUCGGAUGUGGGAUUUUCACAGAAGAUGGUGAAUUCUGGAAACAUUCAGGAUCACUCGUUCGACCGACCUUUAGUAGAGCCGAGAUAGCAGAUCUAGAGAAUUUUGAACGUCACGUUUCGCGGUUCUUAACUUUCGUUCCAAAAGAUGGUUCGACCUUUGAUAUGCUCCCUCUUGUGAAAAAAUUGUUUCUUGACACAUCAACCGAAUUCCUAUUCGGAGAAUCAACAGAAUGUCUCGCUGAAGAUACACCCAUUGAGAAAGACAUAUUCAUGAAAUCCUUCGACCGUGCUCUAUUAGGUCUUGCAUUACUUCUCAUAUUCAAACCUAUUCGAUGGCCACCGUAUUUUGAUCCUUGGUGGAAAGAAGCAUAUACCAACGUCCACUCAUUCGUUGACAAGCGUGCAUCAUCAGCCUUGAAGAAACAGCGAAACCCCAAAAAGAAAAUGGAACCCAAAAGAUAUGUUCUCCUGGAAGAAAUGACCAAGAUAACACAUGAUCCGUAUGAUCUCCGCAUGCAUAUCAUUAACGUAUUCUUUCCGGCUCGAGACACAGCUGCUAUUGCUUUUGCUGAUGCAUUGACGUUCGAAUAUCUUCGCUCAUUGAAAGUAACCAAGGCUAUAAUUAACGAGUCUCUACGCUUACACCCAGCUGCCUCGAGACUUGGUAAAUUAUCUUUAAGAGAUACAAUCCUACCAAAAGGUGGUGGGGAAGAUGGUCAAUCCCCAAUAUUCAUACCCAAGGGUACUGUGGUUGGGCUAGAUUUGUACACAUUACAACGAGACCCAGCAAUAUGGGGAGCCGAUGCAGAUGAGUUUAAACCAGGUCGAUGGUUAGAUGUAGACCGGCCGCUCUGGGAAGCGAAAUGGCAAUACGAGCCAUUUUUAGGGGGCAUCAGAAUGUGCCCUGCCCAGAACCAGGUUCUGAUUCAAUUGUCAUAUCUUUUGGUUAGGCUUGCACAACAAAUUGAAUUAAUCGAGAAUAGGGACGAGGUUUUUGAAUACCUCAAACAUGUUACUAUGACCGUGGAAAGUAAGAAUGGGACCAAAAUUGCUGUCAGAUAG